AUGGAGCGGCACAUUCACCGCUUCCUCUCUCAACCGCCUCUCCUCCGCUCAUCGCACGCUGUCGCCACCCUCUCCCUCCUCCACCUCCUCUUCCACAACUCCUCCUGCACCGCUCUCCUCCUCCUCCCAUUUCUUACCUGGGCCCUCCUAGCCUUGUCCACGCUCCAUCCCUCUUCUUCUCUCAUUCUUUGGCGACCCCCCCCCCCGCUCCUCUCCCCCGACCGCCGCUUCAAAAAGCUCUCCUCCACCUCCUUGUUCAAGAAACGCUCCCACUCCCUCUCCCUCAUUUUCGAAACCCUAAGUUCCCUUCACAUUCUCUCCAACUACUCCCACGUCCUCGUCCUCUCCGCCGGCGCCGGACACGCCGUCGUCGCCCUCCACUCCUCCGGCGUAUCCGAAGUCACCGCCGUCGACAUCGUCGACUUCCCGCCGUUUGUCAAUAGAGCGGAUCCGCAUAAUUUGCCGUUCUUUGAUGGAGCUUUUGAUCUCGCGUUUAGCGAUGGAUUGGAUGGGGCGUUGUUUCCGGCGAGGUUUGCGGCGGAGAUGGAGCGGACGGUGAAGAAGGGAGGGGCGGAGGCGGUGGUGGUGGAGGAUGUGGAGGGGGUUGAGAGGUUGUUUCGAAGGUCGAGCUUGGUUGAGGUUAGAAAUGUUACUUUGGUUGGAUCUGAGAUGAGUUUGAUUGUUAUGAGGAAUAAUGGGAAUCCUCCUUGAAAAAUUCCAUUCCAUUUGCAUUCAACUAUUCUUUGAUCACUUCUUCUUUUUUUCUUAUGUA